CGGCGUAAGGUCACGUGGGACCGCUCGUCUCGCGCCUACCUUCACUAUCCUACCGCGCGACGCGCGCAGUUGCUCCCGCGCGUUGCAGCGUGCAGGAUCUCUUCGCGCCUUCGUCUCUCGCGAUCUUGGUCGCGACGGCUUUCUACUCUGACCUCGCUCGGCGAUAAUCACACGAAUUCUCGUGUGCGGAAAGCAUAGUGAGAGAGAACUGAAAACUUGUGAAGAUAGCGGUGUGAAAUUCGGAGCACAGGAUGACAGCUACCGCGAUCGGCGACGACGACCGUCCAAAUUCAGACUUAUUGUUCGGGCCCUGCGAUUCUACGCUGUUUUCGGGACCGCCAUCGCUCCCUAUCACACCUUACGGCGGGUAGUACUGUCUUUCCGAAAGAGACUGGAAUUUUAUCGAAGGAUUCCUUCGAUCUUCCGAAUCGGGACAGAAUGUAAUCGGCGAGAUCUUCCCGUCAACAGGCGCACGCACGUGUUGUCGGAUCUUUCGGCGCGAAAUUGGCACCGGGAUAUCGUCGAUCUUGAAAAUAACUUCCGAAUCCUACAAAAAUAUUUAUUCAUCUACGCGACAACGUGCGUUCGUGAAACGCCUAUUCUCGACGAGAGACUGCACCUAUCCCACCUACCUGUCCACCUACACGCCGCGGGAUAGAAAGUAAAUUCUAUCCACUCGACAAGACUCGGCAAGGUCCGAGUUCUCAACCCGGAGAUCCUCGAUCUCGAGAGCUGUCGCUGACAAUCGAAGGUAGAGUGGAUUGAAAGCGAGGGACACGCUUGAAGUGGAACGCGCGUUAUCGUCGAACAGAGUGAAAUUAGCGGCGAAGUAUUUCUCAUGAAUUUGAUCGCGAUCCAGGGAGAGUGUCUUUAAAGGGAACAGUUUUUAUCCGAUAAUCCGCGGUUAUGAUGGGGGUAUUGAGGUGGAGGCACGAUCUAAGAUCGGAGGCCGCGACGCAGCAGCAACAGGAACAGCAACAACAGAGAUCGGAACGAUCGGUUGGGCACAACAAUCACACGCACACUUUCCCGAAGCUCCUGUCGCAGACGCCGAGAGAUGACAGGACGACGUCGAGUCCCGGCGGUGCGCCCAGCAAUCACACCCCGGCGCUGUCACCGUCGCCGGUUGGCGACGCGCCCUUGGGCAGGGCGCUCAUGGAAGCGGCCCUACAACAGCAGACCGCGACCGGCGCCCAACCGCCCUUAGUCGUCACGCCGUCCGGAUACUGGGUCGAUGGUACCGAUCAUCGACAUACCCUCGACUCGGCUGGCAGGGCGUUGCUGCCGGCGCAGCCGGCCUGGCAACCCAGGAUAGACCAGGACGAUACGGCCAAGUGCUAUCGUCGCUUCUUCGUCGGCAGGGAACACGUGAACUUCGUGGGAAGGGACGGUGAGAACGGCCCGGUCCUGGUCUCGGUGAAGGCCGAGACGGUCGCCGGACAGGAACAUUGGCGGGUGUUGCUGCGAUUGCGAGCGGGAUCGACGCACGACCUGGUCCCCGCCUCGAAUCUCAACCCAAAUCCUACGCCGACGAAAAUGGUCAAGGCGAUCAACGAGUCCUUGAACGUGAGUCCUUUGAUGCCGGUCAUGUGUCCCGGAGCCGGUACCCUGAUCGCUCGAUACGACGAGCAUGCCCUGGUCUCCAGGUUCAAGUUCGGCGUUCUACAUCAACGAGCUGGUCAAGUCACCGAAGAGCAACUCUUUGGCAAUCGGCAGAUCACGCCGGCCUUCCAAGAGUUUCUCGAUUUGCUCGGCCAGAAGAUCGACCUCAAGGAUCACAAGGGUUAUCGCGGUGGAUUGGACACUCGACAUGGGCAGACCGGCGAUUCGGCCGUAUACGAAGUAUUCCGGGGUCGAGAGGUGCUGUUUCAUGUGGCCUCGUUGCUGCCGUACAGUCCAGGCGACUCGCAACAGUUGCAGCGUAAACGGCAUAUCGGUAACGACAUCGUUGCCAUCAUAUUCCAGGAGGAACCGACGCCCUUCAGUCCGGACAUGAUUGCCAGCCACUUCUUGCAUGCCUUUAUCGUCGUACAAGUCAUCGACCCCUGCACUCCUAAUACGAGGUACAAAGUCAGUGUGACAGCACGCGAUGACGUUCCCUGGUUCGGUCCAACCUUGCCGACACCUGCCGUCUUUCUCAGAGGUGUCGAGUUCAAAGAGUUCCUGCUCACGAAGCUCGUAAACGCCGAGAACGCCGCAUACAAAGCUGAGAAGUUUUCCAAGUUGGAGCUACGGACUAGAUCGGCCUUGUUGGAAUCCCUAACGGAGGAAUUGCAGACUAAAACGGGUGAAUUUCUUGGCGGUCCGAUCGGCCUAGGAAACUCCGGCUUAACUAUCUGUCCGGUGAGUCCAACGACGAGUGAUGUAUCCGCUUCGGGGAGCAGUGGUUCGCGAUUCAUCGACACUGUACGCAAAGCGCUGAUCUCGCGCGUGAGGAACGCGUCGACGGAGAGCGUACCGCAGCAAUUGGCAAAGAAAGGUCAACAGACGGAGCCCAGUCCACCGAGCAAUCGGCAGUCGACCGCCAUAAAGGUGAGUGGUAGCAGCAAACGCUUGGUGGAACCAUCCAGUCCUCUCGGUUCACCGGAUCUAACAUUGAGGAGGGACUCGGAACGCGGCAGUCUCGGCAGCCAGGAUAGCAGUUUGUCCAAUACUGACAAUCAGGAUAGCAGUUUAGCAACGUUACAGCAAGACGAAUACGAUCGCAGGGAAUCGCAGCAGAGUACUAGUAUUGUUUGCCUCGAUAGUGACGCCACUAUCGUCGACAAGAGCCCGGCACCGGCAUCAGCGACAACAGUGCAGCGAUUAACGCACGAGAAUCUGCGCACACAGGAGAAAACGGCGACGACGGAGGUGACGCAACGAGUGAUCUCGGAGAGUGAUGACAGUUCGCUCAACAGCGAACUCGAGCUCGAUCAGGCCGUAUAUCCCGAUAGCGACACAGGCCUCGAAUCCAUGAGCUCUGCAGAGACUCACGAUACUGCCAGGUGUACGAGCAAGGAUGGGAUCGUGGAGAACGAUACUCUAAGGAUGGAAGUCACCAGGCUCAAGUGCGACAAGCUGGAUUUAUUGCGACAAAAUGUGACAUGUCAACGUGAACUGAAACGUCGUCGAGAAAAGGAACUGCAAUUGGAAUCCGAUUUAGCGGCGGCGUCCAAAGAGAUUCUACGGCUGCGAGCGAUGUUGAAGGAGUGUUCUACUAGCAUUCCGCUGGAGAACAAUAACCAGCAAACGUCCACCGUGUAGAGAGCUCGCGAAUGAGGAUGCGUAUUAAGAUGCGAUUGCGAGAUGGAAAGGUCCUUGCUAUCAAAUACUGCGUAUGUUUCGGGAAAUUAUCUUCAAUGCGCGAUAAUUCUCGUCUUUAUUAGAAAUCUGUCGCAACACCCAGCUUCGCAUGCAUGUUACUUGUUUUAUUACUUUCGCGUACAGCCCGAUAUCGAGAUUAAUCAACAUGCGAAACGCCAAUUUGAAGGAUAUUAAUUAAAAGAUAUCUUUCCGACGCUUGACAAGUCUCGAUACUUAAACACCACGUACCUUCCAUUCAUCAGGAAUUGUUCAUCACUUCCAAAGGUCUACCGUUAGUGCUUUAUAAAAGCAUGUAGAGUUUGCAACUAAAUAUUAGCGUAAAGAUUAAUCGUUUAAAUUAAGCCUUCUUUCUCGUAGAUAGAAAUCGGUACAAGUUCUAUAAGUCAUAUACGAAGUAAUAGAAUUAGUGAAAAUCUUGCAAAAAGUUGUGUAUAGUGACCGAAGCGUCCUCGGGACAUUUGCAGUAAAUUCAAGAUUGUUGAAACUAUUGUUUGACUUAUAUAAGACACAUACGUGUGUAAAAAAGAAUAUUUAUCUAUUAAUUUAUUAGUAGACUUAAGUUGAUCACUCGUAGUCAAUAUACAUACAUGGACAUGUGUGAAAAGAAACAGUAGAAAUAACUGAAAUAUUAAUUGUUUUAGAAACGCAGAAAUUCAAUAUUCUCGACAUUUAGAAAAGACAAAAAUUACCGGAGGUCAUCGAGAGAGGCGUAAUAUCUGUAUAUCGAUUACGUGUUAGAAAACUAACGAUAUAUAACUCCCGCUUAUUCUUCCGUAGAGAUUGCGCAGAUAUUGAAAACUAUUGCGAAAAAUUUCUUUCAAAAUUGGACAAUGCGAGCUUACAUGAUUGAGCGAUAUUUCGUCAUCGCGAUUAUAGAAAGGAAAAUAUGUAUCGCUAGUUUGUUAACAGUAUUUGUCACGGUAGACUUACCCGACACAUUUAUCCGUUCACUAAUUUCCUAGUAUUAGAUAUCAGAGAAUAGUUUUAUAGAGAAUACCUCUACGAGGUUUAAUCGUCCUUAAUAAAACGCUAUCCCCGCAUGCUAGUUUUAGCAGCAACUGGGGUGUCUAACCAUUUUUAAACAAUUGCGCACAGCACCAAAUUAUUUAAGUAUAUGCAUCACAUAUUUUCACAAAGUAUAGACAUUUUUGUUUUUCUUUGCACACGCAAGCAAAAGGUGUGUUUUCAUUCACCGCUUAAGUUAAGUAUUUUGUAUUUGCUUUUGGUCGACAAACGUCGAAUUCUUCUGUUAUCUUUUACGACUAGUAUUAAUACGAUUCUUACCAUUAUUAUUAUUAUUUUUAUUAACUUUGAUUACGCUGUACUUUGUAUGAUCUUUGUAAAUAAUCGUUGAUAUAGGCAAACAUUCAAAGGCGCUAAGCAGACCGGCACAAAGAGGAGGAACAACGACGUUCACUCACAUAUAAUACCAAAGUUUAAUGUAGUAAAAAAUUCACAAUUUUCUUUUUAUUUUCUUCCUCAUUCUCCUUAUUUUCCCACUUUCCAUAAUUGUUGCCGAAAAUUAAAUACAAGUUUAUUUUGUCUAAUGUAUUUUCAAUUUAAAAAAAAAUAGAAAUAUUUUUACUUAGAUACUUUGACGAAAUACUACAUUUAUAUCACUGCCUGUACGCCUCGACAUUUCUCUUUCGAGAAUACACAUAUCCAUUUUACUGCUUACAAAA